AUGUAUUAUAUAUUUAUUAGAUUAUAUAUUGUGUAUCUAUCUAACAAUUUAUUUAUAUUGAUAUUUAAUUAAUUAAUUAUUAUUAGUCAGAUUUAGUUAAUAAAAAAACACAUUUAUAUUUAUUUAGAAAAAGGAAUAAAGUAAUUAAUGAGCUCAAUAGUUUAAAAAGAAUAAAUUGAUUUACAAGAAUGUAUUUCUUCAAUUGAUUUUAGUCCUUCAGGAGAAUACGUAGCAGUUGGUUUAAUCGAUGAGAGCGUAAAAGUUUGGAAGGCUGAUUUUUCACAAGAUAUUUCAAAGCAAAAAUUACAUUCUUUUGAAGGCCAUAUGAUGGGAGUAGUAGAUGUUAAGUUUAAUUCAACUGGAAAUAGAUUAGCAGUUAGCUCAUUAGAUUCCAUGAUUAGAGUAUGGAAUGUAGAUGAUGGAGAAAAGGUUUGUGAAUUAUAGUGCAACCCAAUGGAAAACUGGAAAUUAGCAUUUAGAGAUACAAAUACUCUUCUUACUGCAGGUGAAUAAGGUAAAGUAUCUGAAUAUAACAUAAAUUCUAAGUCUUUAAUUAUCACUCACUAAACAAGAGAUAUAUUUGCAACAGCUAUUGCAUCAUCAAAAGACAAUAGCAAGUUUGUUGCUAUUGGUAAUAACGAUGGUUAGCUUUUUAUUAUAAACUAUACUAAUAAUAAACAUAUUACUACUUCCAACUAUCACGAUAAGAAGAUCAGAUCAAUCUGCUUUUCUAAUGAUGAUAUGAAGUUAUUAACUGCAUCUGAUGAUGGUUCUGCUAAGCUAAUUGAUCUUACUAAAAAUGAAGCAAUAUUUACAUUUAAUGGACACUCAGGUAAUGUUAACUGUGUAGACUACUGCCCCAUAGAUGAAAAAUUAUUCGUUACUUGCUCAUAUGAUUAGACUGUUAAGGUUUGGGAUAUAAAUAAAAAGAGUUGUAUUGAAACAAUAAAAUUCCAUUAGGACAAUGUUUGGGCUGCUAAAUUCCAUCCUACUAAAAAGAUUAUUGGUUCAGUUUCUGAUGAUGGCUUGUUAGCUUUCCAUGAACUUAAAUGA